AGCCACGAUCAGUUGCAGUCUCUCCGUCGUGCCGUUCGGUCGCUAUAGAGUGGUGCGCGUUCCUUCAGCAGACGUUCACGGCCAUUGUGGGUGCUUGCAAAAUCGGGCUGAGGGCUCGCAAUCGAAACGAAACUGAACGACGCCGAAUCGAAGUAACGCUCCGUGGUCAAUGCUACACUCGCCGGGUGCGUGAGUAUCGAUGAAUUUUAAACGACAUUCCCACUGUCGAUGCAGCUGAUCGUGCAAUUAUGAUCGUGGUGUGGUGGUUCGUGCCAACAUUUCAUGUGUGUGCGCCUGUGUGUAGGUGAAGUGUAAACAACGGUCCGUGUGUCCCGCGUGUGUGUGUGGAGGCUGCCGUUGGGAGGGUUCGGUGUAAUUCUUGUAACUCCGGCCCGAUUCAUCGCGCCCGCUGCAAUAGUGCAAUAAAUUCCGCUCGAGGGUGGUGUACGUGUGCGUGUUCGGUGUUAGCUCGUUCAUAGAAAGCCCGCUGCAAAGAGUGUGAUUUGGAGAGAAAAAAAAAACGGCUCCCUCACUGCUCGAAAGAAACCGAGUGUCAUCAUCCAGCCCCAUCGAAAGUUCAACAAAUUUAAAUACUCCAAGGGUGCGUCAAGUCUGCACCGUAACGCCGAAGGUCGUAAAUUGGGCAUCUGGGACCAUCGGACUGGCCCGUUUCGUGUUUUUUCCUUCACUCAAUUACGGCUCAAAAUGGUUCACGAUCGUUGGGCACUGAAUGGGGAUCCGCGGUUGGUGGCAGUGAUCGCGUUGGGAAGGGUGUAGAACGCCAGUGCAAGCGUGCUUAUUUCUGAACAGCAAAUACUCGCAACCGGGCACCGUUCAGGUUCAGUGAUUGACUGCGGGGGUCAGCAAUUCGAGUGAUAUUUAAAUGUCAAAGCCAGCCGUUUGAUUGAUCCGUAAUCCACUAAUCCGAAAAGCUCGAAGCGAUCGCCGAACUCGCGAGCGAAAACUGCAACGAUGGGAUACUUUUCCAAACGAAACAUAUUCAUCUACUGCUGUAUAUCGGCAUGUUUAUCAUUGCUUACCUAUCUGGUGGCGUUCUCUUGCGAAAUCUCCUGGAUAUUGGAGGCCCGCGGUGACUUGCCCAUACCGGCCUAUCUGCUGUGCGCCCAGUUCUUCAUACUCUUCAUCUCGUCCGCGAUCUUGAUCCAUGGCCUCUCGACGGGCAUUUCGUGGGGUCUGCUCAGCUGGUCGAUUAUAAUCGGUGUGCUGUCGGUUCCGGAACUGGCACUAGUCAUGUACAUGACCAUACAAUAUUGGGGUCUACAAUCGGCGCACGGGCUAACGGAAUUAAUUGGAUAUUUAAUACGUUUAAUAGUCAACUGCUUAGCACUGCUGUGCGUUAUUCCGACAGCAUUGAGAUGGCGACAGGAGAAGAAAGUGUUAUCCCAGCUCGAAUCACUUGCCUCACGACUGCAGCUGACCACACCGACUCCAACGACUCCUUUCAACGCCACCACCACCGGCAUGAACUCACUGCGCGCUAGCAAACGCAGCACUCAGGGCGCUCCGAACGGUCCCAGCCGACGGCCUUCGACCGGAUUCGACAAUCCCGGUUACGUGCCGCACGAAAACAACUCCCUGGACAUUGUCCAGCAGUACACGGCCUACAACAACCUGUACGGAUCGCAGAGCGAAUUUAAUGCGAGCAUAUUCGGGCUACCACCGGCGAUGCCUACCGGCCCACCGCCGAUAGUACCGGAGUGCAAGAAAACACAGUCGCUGCUUGAUCUGCGCUUCAUCUUUCCACCAAAGUUUCUCUCGACGCACACCACGAUCAGUGAGAAGAAAUCCAAAGACUCCGCGCCGGCUACCGACGAGCCGGACAAUGUACUGCACAACAACCUGAAGAAUCAAAUCCACAACAAGCUGCACGACGUCCCGGAGAAUGGUACGUUGCGACAGGCCCGCGAAAAGGAUACGAACGCCUCGAUCGAGCACACGGGUGGCACGGUAGCAACAAUGACGAACGGCGACGGGCCAGUCUCGUCCGCCAACGAUCCCAUCUACUACACGAUCGAGUCAACCAAGAACAACAAAAUAUUGGGCCGCAAUUGUGUGUCGCUCGAGAAUUUGGGCAACAUAACGUUCUCGGAAUCGCCGCUGCCAGUGAAGAAGCACGACCUGCCGUACUACCGGUACGGACACAAUCUGCUCAAAAACUAUGCCAUGAACCCGUGGAAUGUUCUCGCGUACAAUCCGGCGUACAGUGCGUAUCCGCCGGCCUACUACCACUACCAAAUGAUGAACCCGUACCAUCUGUAUCAGCUACAUCAGCAGCAGCAGCAGCAUCACGCCAACUACCACGGUGGAGCUGGCAGUCCCAUUCCUCCCGGCGGGUACUUUGCGGGACAUCCGCACGGUGGACUGCACGGUGGACCGGCCAGCUAUGGGAAGAGUCACUCGCAGCUAACCAGCUACGGGUAUGGUAACAAUCUGUAUCUGAACGGUGCCACCGACAGCCGACAGUCGCUCGGUAACGAGUCGGACGACUUUCGAAAGUAUCGUGAUGUGGCCCUAUAGUAGUGGCGGAACGUCUUGGGUGUGCUGUCCACAGUCAGACUAAAAGGGCUCAAGCAAUAGUAGCUGGGUUGGUAGUGCGUAUUGAUAAUACUCAGAUGCAAUAGAUAGUAUAGGAUACGUAUGGCAUAGGGAUAGUAACGACACGAACAAACCGGAAAACUGCGACCACUUCGACUGAGUUACCUCAAGUAUAAGCAUAAAGAACAGGGUAGGAUUCGUGGGAUUUGAUGAUCGGUCCCCGAUGUGAGCUGGGGUGGGAUUACACCCUGUUGUUUAAAAGAAUGUUAUUUAUUGUACGUUAGUGUAAGUAAACCUCCAAACUUUGAGAAAACGAA